AUGGCCGCCGCGGCGCUGCUGCCGUCCGAGCCGCCGUGGCCGCCCGCCCUGGCUCCUCUGAAGGCCGUGGAGGACCUGCUGCGCUGCGGCAUCUGCUUCGACUACUUCCACAUCGCCAUGAUGAUCCCGCAGUGCUCGCACAACUAUUGUUCCCUUUGUAUACGAAAGUUUUUGUCCUACAAAACUCAGUGCCCAACCUGUUGUGUGGCUGUCUCGGAGUCUGACCUGAAAAAUAACCGGACAUUAGAUGAACUAGUCGAAAGCUUUAAUUCUGCAAGGCAACAGCUGCUCCAGUUGGUCGUGGAUGCUCCAGUGAUUCCUUCCCCGUUGGCCUGCAGCAGACGAGCAACUGGCAAAAGCCACGUUAGGAGUCCUGGGGCUUGGCCAGCUAAAACCGUCCAGAAAGAAGAGCUGCCCGUGAUUGAGGGCUUCCUGAUGAAGGAAAAGGUGCGCACCCCGACCAAGGCAGAUGGACUCGUGGGAGCAGAGUGGAAGGUCUGCAAAACUGAGAACCACCAUAACCUUUGUAGCAGCUCUCCCGAGGCUUGUGGCAAAGACGCUGAGGUGACGUCAGGGAAGAGUCCUGAAUGUGCCAAAAAUCAUGAAGAACCUUCUACAUCUGUGGGCAAAUUAGUUAAGAAAGUGGAGUGCCCGGUGUGCGGGGUGGCCAUCCCGGAGCAGUACAUAAACAAGCACCUGGACGGCUGCCUCACGAGGGAGGAGAAGAGGGACAGCCUGCGCAGUUCUGGUAGCAAAAGGAAGCCCAUGUCUAAAGUUGUUUACAACUUGCUGUCCGACCGAGACUUGAAGAAGAAGCUGCGGGAGCAGGGCCUGUCCACGCGGGGCAGCCGGCAGCAGCUGGUGAGGCGGCACCAGGAGUUCGUGCACAUGUACAACGCGCAGUGCGACGCGCUCAGCCCCAAGCCGGUUGCAGAGAUUGUUAAAGAGCUGGAAAAGAACGAGAAGAUUCGAGUUCAGCUUGAAUUCAGUAAACCUAGUGAAAAUAGCCUGACCUUUACAAAAKACAAGACAGAGAAAGAAAUAGAUGAGAUCCAUGCUGAUUAUCGGAACAAACACAGAAGUGAAUUUCAAUUUUUAGUGGAUCAAGUAAAUAAUCGGUGGAAGAAAAUUGGCAAGAGGAAAGGAGAAAGUGCUCAAAAGAGGGAAGAAGCCGCUGCUGAAGAACAGCCAACAGACCCAGGAGAAGAUUUUCAGAAGCCCCACACAGAUGUAGUUAUUGGAACAGAGCAGUUGCCUCAGGCAGAAGUUCCUGACUGCAAAAGAAGUGAAUCUGAUUCCCUGGGGGAAAUCCAGAGAUCAAUCUCACCAGCUUCCUUGCAGUCAUCUGGAUCUACAAGCAGCUCUAGUUCAGACAUUCUGAGAGACGUGCAAGGGAUUGAGAUGUAUUCGGAGUCAUCUGAUAACAGCCUCCUGGACCUGGAAUUUAAGAAAAGGAAGAUACAUGGYUCCAGAAUGUCCCCAAACGAUGAGCUGCUGCCCAAGAGCAAGAGGAAGAAGAGCUAGAGUGGCUGGGCCGGGGGCCUGGGGCUGUGCGGGGGCUCGAGGCUGUGCAGCCCGUCCGACUUGGCCCCUCUUCUUACUUGUAGUGCAUUCGAGCACUUAAUAAAGCGCUGGAGCUUUGCACCUUGUCGCUGAGGCUGCCUUGGCGUAGCGGUUAGUGCACCCAGGGUCUGCUCUAACUAACAAACUCCAAGCUUGGCGUGAGCUCCCAGGCUGCUGCAGAGUCCUUGGGCUGGCUCUUUUCCUGCAGCGAGUGGAAGUGGCUCCCUGUUUUGUGCCCGUUCCCACUCGGAUGGAUGGGCACUUGCUGUGCCCCGUGAGCAAGUUGGAGCGAGCGUGUGGCCACGUAGGGUCCAUGGGCCCCAGGUGCCUCUGGAARUGCCUGCUUUUUCAAAAUGGUAAAUCUGUGUCUGAGGAACGAUAUAUUUGCUUCACUCAGGUAAUUUAACCUUUACAAGURAAAUAAAUCAUGCUUGCAUUUACUUAAUUCUACAGAAAUGUGCAUCAUUUUGAAUGUUGUUUUAAGCUUAUUCRUUAGUAUGUGAAAGAGAAUAAAUACUGACUUUCAUUUUAGGUCUCCAUUGUGCUUCACAGCCAUUAGUACCAAAUAGGAUUAUAUUCUGUGCAGUUAACCAGAGAAUAAAAGUGUUUGUGUCUGUAACAGUCGGUAAGUCUGAGUGUCGUUGCGAGCAGGGCAGUUCACAUCAGAGUUGAGCAUCUUCCUUUGGAUGCUUUUAUUGCUGUGCUUUACGUUUCAGCUAGCAAGG